UUUGGAAACCAAACAUUUAACCAUCUCCCCUUCGCCAAAAAAUGAGAAAGAUCUGAAAAGAGAGAAAAAUUUGCAUUAAACAAUUUGUCUACUCAUUGUGAAAUGGUUUCAGAGAGGUGUUGAGUUUGGGAGAAAUUGGAAGAACUUUUGCCACCUCUGCCACAUGCUCACUAUGAGCCACUGUGUGAUGUGGCUGCUGCAAACAAGAAGGCGGCAUUCGCUUAGAAGCAACAGCAGCUUUCCAAUAGUCUUCGGAUAACUGUGCUUCUGACAUCCUUCCUCAUGGUUUUGGGAACUGGUCUAAGAUGCAUACCUAUAUCAGACUUAGUGCUUAAACGAAGACUAAUCCAUGGAGGACAGCUUUUAAAUGGAUUGGCAGGCCCAACCGUAAUGAAUGCAGCUCCGUUCCUGUCCACAACGUGGUUUUCUGCAGAUGAACGCGCCACUGCCACAGCUAUCGCGUCCAUGCUCAGUUAUCUCGGUGGAGCAUGUGCAUUUUUAGUUGGACCGCUUUUUGUUCCAGCUCCCAAUGGCACGUCGCCUCUUCUUGCAUCCGAGAAUAGCAGGGCCCACAUUAAAGACCGUAUAGAGACUGUACUAUAUGCAGAAUUUGGAGUGGUCUGCUUAAUAUUUUCUGCAACUCUUGCUUAUUUCCCACCCCGGCCUCCCCUUCCUCCCAGUGUUGCUGCAGCUAGCCAACGACUGAGUUAUCGGCGGAGCUUUUGUAGAUUAUUAAGCAAUGUGAGAUUUUUGAUGAUUGCUUUAGCAUAUGCCAUACCGCUCGGUGUAUUUGCUGGCUGGUCUGGAGUUCUGGACUUAAUUUUAACACCAGUGCAUGUCAGCCAAGUAGAUGCUGGCUGGAUUGGAUUUUGGUCCAUAGUUGGGGGCUGUGUUGUUGGAAUAGCUAUGGCAAGGUUUGCAGAUUUUAUCAGGGGUAUGCUGAAAUUAAUUCUUCUCCUCCUGUUUUCUGGGGCUACACUAUCAUCCACGUGGUUCACCCUCACCUGUUUGAACAGCAUCACACACCUGCCUUUAACCACAGUGACGUUGUAUGCCUCCUGUAUUCUCCUGGGAGUGUUCUUGAAUAGCAGUAUACCUAUAUUUUUUGAGCUGUUUGUGGAAACUGUCUACCCAGUUCCAGAAGGAAUUACUUGUGGAGUUGUCACUUUUUUAAGUAAUAUGUUCAUGGGAGUGCUUUUACUUUUUCUCACAUUUUAUCACAAAGAGUUGUCUUGGUUCAACUGGUGCCUUCCCGGGUCGUGUUUGCUCAGUCUCCUCCUCAUUCUGUGCUUCAGGGAAUCCUAUGACAGACUCUAUCUUGAUGUGGUUGUCUCCGUCUAAUAGCACAGACUCGAAGGAGUUUACAGAGAGACUGGAGAUCCAUUCUGCAUCCUGCACAUUUGCUCGGAAUUGCACACCUGACGGAUAAAAAGGAGAAGACAGAAAAUUCAUUCAGAGGUCUUGUGAAGUUACUGGUGAUCACAUUAAUUUAAUUACUUCUAGGUAAUGAUAAUGUGGGACUCAAAUGAUAACCGGGGAUUUAAAAACUCUCUAAAUGGCAUGCCUGUGCCCGCUGCUGUGGUUGGCAGUGUGCUGUCUUACACACAAGGCACUACCUAAAUAAUUCCCUCUGUGCUCUGUGCCAGUGCCACACUGCUGAUGGAUCCAUUGUUACUAUGAAAAGAAAUAAAGGGCGUCUAUCACAUGGAGAUAACGCCUUCCCUAAGGGACAUAUCAGAAUAGGAAGUAAUGCCACUAACUUCUAAAGAAGUUUAAACCUUAUAUCCGAUUUUAAUAAAAAAACAGCCAACAGGUAUAUCCAGAAUAGAAAUUAGCCCCAUGUACACUACAUUUUUUCUAAUAAAGUCAUUUCUUCUAUGA